CGCCUCCGGCUCACCCAGUCGCCCGUCGACGUCCGUGUCUCCCGUUUCGGCGAACGUGCUGAGUUCCGUUGCGCAUCAUCGGAUCCCCAAGUGCUGCCCACCUGGCUCUUCAAUGGAGAUCCGGUGUCCACCUUUGAUCGUGAGUCCUCCUGUCUCCCCGUUUUGCGUGUGUAUGUGUCCGUUAUGUCGAUCUAGUGCCUCCUUUAUCAGUCUCGUCCAAUGCCGGUGCUCAGCCAGGCCCAGUGGUCAUCGACUUUGA